AUGUCUGAUAAAAAAAUUCAUGAGUACUUUUUGAUCCGAGAAUCUUCGAAAUGGAAUAUUACAGAUUUUUUGGAGGAGUCUAGUGAAGAGCCCUUCGAAAAAAAACUAGACAUAUAUAUCAAAUCACUCAUUAACCUUGCCAAUUCUAAACGAGGAAAACAACGUGAAAGAGCGCUUAUGCUUAUUGACAAGUACAAGGAGGAAAUUGAGCUACAAAAUCAAGGUUGGGGCACGGGCGACCUUAUUGGUUCUUUUGCCUGGUGUUCAAGACUUAUUGUUGACCUGGCUUUGGGCAGUCGGCCUGACCGCCAAGAGGCACGAAAAUGGAAUAAAGAACGUAAAUCACCUAGGAAGGUUGGUGGACACUCGAUUCAUUUUUACAAGUCAACAAUUGUGGAAAGCUCUGUAAUAGGGACAAACAGCGGAAAUUUCGAAGAUAAAAAAUCAAAAAGAAAACGAGAAAAUCUGGAAGAGAAUGCUCGAAAGCGAUUGUCUUUGGAUACUAAAAAUGAUCAAUCUAUGCUUUAUGACAAGGCAAUAGCAGAAAUUAACACUGCGCGAGAAGAUAAAAUGGCUUGUCGGAUGAUGCCGUUGUGCUGGGGUAUUAUUGAUCUUAGGGCAGAGAAUGUCUCACCAUGCCCUAAACAUCCUCGUGCAAAAGAACUUCUCACUCAAGAUGAAGUUAUAAGGCUCCAACAAAUAACCACCAAGUUCAUAAAUAAGGGAUCACAGUUGAACCCAUCUACUUUAGCACUGUUGGAAGUACUUCAAUCGAGUACUUUUAGUCUAAAAAAAUUCUGUAAAGAAAAACGGGCUCAGGGAAUCAAAGGAAUUUGUUCCUUACUUCAUAUUAAAACAGACAAAGUGGACAUAUACGACAAAGAUACGCAAUAUAUUGGAGAGUGUUUAGACGCUUUUAACGAAUGGGUACGCACGUACGGUGGAGUAACACAUAUUGAAAGGACUGUUGAUAUGCAUCUCAUUGGUCCAUUUUCAAAAACUCCAAAUGUGAAAUUUAUAUACGGAGAAAGUCACUCUUAUGCAGAUAGAGAUGAAAAAUCUUCCCGAUCACCAUCAGAAAGAACCGGAAAAUCUUGUGAUUUUAUUUUUUGGAAAAAUGGCAAUGAAGUUGGUAUCGGUGAGAACACUGGACCUACGCAUAAAGAUCAUCAUAAAAAAAGCAUCACCGAUUUUGUAGACGUAAUCAAGGUCGCUCGGGCGCAACACAUUAGUUUUCAGACUAAGUGCAUAGAAAAAAGCAGAAAUAACCCUCUUCCAUUGGAUAUUCGAAAUAAAUUAAGACUUAUACCAAUCCCUUUCUUUCAAGUAAUCGGAAUGAAGAUUAGAUUUUAUAUUUUAAUUCAAAUCGAAGGCGACUUAUAUGGUAUAUGGGAAUGGUCAUCUCAGGACUUACCAAAAAAAGAAGACGACAUCAUCACUGCUGUGUUUCUAUGUAAAAAAUUUUUGAUCCAUCGAAAUCUUCUCAACAGAACCGGUCGUCUAAGUAAAAAGGUUAUCACGGAUUCGCGGAUUUUUGGGGAGAACGUAGAAAACAUGCGAGUUAUUCAACAUGCAAAGGCACCCAUUAAACUGAAUUCUAUAAUAACUCCAAGAAUAAGAAAAGAG